UAACGAAGAGAAAAUAAACGGACGCAUAAAUGCCGGAUAAAACAGGAUUAGCCUUUAAUAACGUCGUGCAAGAGCAGAUCAGCAAACGAAUAAUCGCACGCCAUUUUAAUCAGCGCCCAGUAACAUUUUACAGCGAGCUAACGUGAAUUACUACGUUAAUCUAUUUUACGUCUCAUUACACCAGCACACGACACGUUACGGCCAUGUUGAGUUUAUGAACACGACCAACGUACGAAACGUUAUGAUAUUUUUCGAAAUGAACAGAUUCGAUGAUGUAAGUAAAAUAUAGAAUAAUAUGUGUGUUACGUCUACACAGUCCGUUGUUCAAGGGUUAAUAGUGGUAUACACGUGUGAAUCGAAAGAAAAAUAGUCGACUGUUGCCUGGACGUAGAAAUAUUAAAUUGUAUUCCUAUGGGUCUUCGAGUCGAUGGGGUGGAAUCGCAACGGGGGCGAAGGGUGUCCGAGAUCACUAACCAAUAUUUAAUCAACCUUCCAGGAGAAUAUUAUUCUCCGGACAAAUCAAGGACAUAUGUAUCAGACCACUAAGGGGGGUUGACGUUUUCUCUGUGGAUAUAAAAGACGAAACACCAUGUGUUUGUGUAUGUGUACUAGUACGCGCACGCAUGUUUGCGAUUCGUACCAUUGACAUAUGGAUUCAAUUUUAUUAUAACGCGAAUGUAACGAAGAGAAAUCAUGGAACGCCUUACGCCAAUGGGGGAGCCUGUUCCAAUGUAUUCUCAACACACACCAUAGACGGUUCGGUGUUGUACGGUAUACGAUGUUCCGCUUGCCCUGGAAGAGAAUUCCCCCGGGAUGAGACACAGGGAACAGGGUCGAACACAGGACUACUUCUCAUCGUGGCCCUUUCGUGAGAACAAGUGCGAAACAAGUGUCGCACAGGUUCGCGUGUACCAUGCGUCCUAACAGCCCCGUGUCGUGUUUAGUCAUGUAAUUUCUCUAUCUGAAGAUAAAUCAUAUUUCAUGGUCUCUAAUUCCCUGAUCUCUGGCUCACACUCGCACUACUCUAUGUGAAAGCAUCAGAGACACUUUUUAAUCCCAAACGAAUAUUAUUUUUGUAUAAAUCUUCGUGAAUUAUUUGUAAGAAGACUACGAAGACAAAGCAUAUUUGGACAAGACAGAAAAUAAUUCUCCACCUGGUUUUUACAAUUACAGGUAAUUAUACAUAAUUGACUUUUCUAUUAGAUGCUCUAACGUCGAACCCUUCAAAUCUCGUCGUAACACCUAUUAUUCGCAGUCAAUAGCUGAUUAGUUGCGUUUAUUUAAAAACUAAAGUACGACAGACAGGCUGUGAUCGACACCAAGACAGCCGCAGGAGAUGUCAAGCGUAAACACGAACGGAAGGCUUCCUGGAAGCGUGGCUCUGGUUGUCCAGCGGAAACGGCCUGCCUCGGAAUCGAUCGUAAAAUCGAGAGCCAGGAGAGAGGGAUGGCAUCAUCGAAUGAUAGCGUUCAUUCGGGUUGAUGGCUGUUGGGGAGAGGUCGCACCCGACGAACCGGAGCUGGCACACGGACGGGGAUGAAUGUUGAGACGGCGAGGGCGGUAACUGCUCCGCGGCUUGGUCCGAGGGUGGCUCCAGGGAUCGACGAAUCAGCGCCGAGAGAAACUCAGCCGGUGACCAAACCCGUUUCUCGGUAACAGGCAUCCGGCCACACCCCCCGGCGUGUACCCUCUCCGUCGGUUAUUGAAUUAAGCUUAUCAUUUGAUUUUGAGGAGACCCACCAGUCGGUCGUCUCGGGCUCUCUUAAGCGGGCCGAAAAACUUCUUUCUAUCCGCGGCUAUAAUCGCAAUAAUUUGAUAUCGCUGAUCCGAUUACGCGUCAUAAGCCGCUAUCGAGGAGGCGGUUGCCGCCCGCGUCCCUUAGCUCUCGUCCGCGCGACCAGGAGAAUUACGUGACGUUGCCACCGUGGCCUGUACACCGGCCUCGAUUAACCGACAUUCCGACGGAAGAAGCGAUCCACCAGUUGGGCCCGAAGUAACGCCGCGGUUAGGGCCCGGAGGAGCGCGCGCCCGCGCGCUCCACACCCUCGGCUUUUUAUCCUCCGCGAUUAUCUUCGAUCUGCCUAAUCGAAUCUCCAGUACUAUCCGACGGAUCGCGAUGAUCCAGUGAAUGGAAGAAACCUCGUCGCCUGUUCUUUCAUCGUCGACCAGGAACAGCCGUCCUCAACGAGCCAGGAAGCAUCAUGGAGAAGAAAUAAGUAAUUUCGAUGAACUGUCGAGGUGCCCUGCGUUUAGUGUCCCUGUUUAUCCGUCUCUGACCUCUGUAACGAAGAGGUCUGUAGUUCAGUUGACCUUUACUACCAGUGCACCCAGUGAACCAUGGACUACUCGUACUUGAACCAGGCGGCUGCGGCCGCUGCAGCUGGUUUUGAAGCAUCUAGCUGUGCGUUAGCUGCCAGUGAAAUGCAGUGUGGUUACGGGGAUCUAAGUUCUUGCUCCCAGAUGAGUCAAGCUGCUUAUCGUUACACCGCGGCGAGAGCAGCCGGCUAUCCUGGUAAUGCUGGGACCGCGAGCACUGGAAGCAGUACGCCGCUAGGGGCCCAUCACACCACUCACUCGCAUGCCCACGCGCACCAUGGGGCCCAUGCAACACCAUGCUCCGUAAUGGCCGCCAGAUCUCAGGAGGUACACCGGCACGCAGCCUCCAUCUUCCCGUCGGCUAUCAAUCUACAGAGUGGACUGGGAUAUAAGGCGUAUUCUGGUCACGAUGGUCUAGCGGAGAAGAGGAAACAACGUCGGAUACGAACAACCUUCACCUCGGCUCAACUUAAGGAACUAGAGCGUGCCUUCCAGGAGACACAUUAUCCAGAUAUUUACACCAGAGAAGAAAUCGCCAUGAAGAUCGACCUGACGGAGGCUAGAGUCCAAGUAUGGUUCCAGAACCGACGCGCGAAGUUCCGCAAGCAGGAGAGGCUCGCCCAGCAGAAAUCCAACUCGCAGAGCGGCAUCGGUGUGGACAGCGGCGCUUCCAGCCCGGUAGCGGGCAACGUGAAGGCGGAGGGCCGUUCACCGAGAAGUCCAGCGACGCCGCCGGGCAGCUCCAACAGUGUCCUCUCGUCGAACGAGGUGAAACCGAUCGCGAACCCGAAUCUGGUCAGCGUGAAGCACUCCAGCGACACCUCCGGGGAGGGCACCUCGCCGAACACUCGAGGAAGCAACAGCGGCGGAGGGACAUGGGGAUCAUGCAGCCCCAGGCCUUUCUCCGCGCUACCACCGUACUUGCUCGACCCCCUGCCGCUGAAAACCGCGAACCUCUACUAAUCGUCCAGACGAUUGGUGAUGGGCUAGCGAUCGCUUCGAAUGUCAGCCGAUUUUAGAAGUUUCCGAACGUUUCGAGGGAUUCUGAUUUCGAAGAAGAAUCGUAGUGGUUCGAAGUUCUGCAGUGAUCGAAUUGCUUGGGAAUUAGCAAUAGGGAGUGUUUAAUGCCCAUCACUACCGAGGAUACCGUUCCAUACAACCAGAAUCGUGUAAAUAUAGAAUAUCGUGUGCUGUUCAGAGGACGCUAGGUCAGUCGCGAGGCCGUUCCAUAAAACAAUUCUAUUGUGAUAAUUAUGGAGAAAUUAAUGAAUCUUCUAACAUUAACCUGCUAUCAGGUCCUCUUUUGUGUUACAGCUUUUAUGGAAACCACCGUCGUAAUUAGUUUCUUUUAUAACCUAAACGAACGGCCUUGUCGAAGGACUUGCUCGAGAAUACUAGAUGCUGAUAUCUGUGUACCGUCCUAAUUCCUCGUUGAUUAAUUAAACAGUGUCCAGCAGUUGAGCCAGCAAGUUGCACAUGAAGACGUUUAAAAAUGAAAUUGACUUUUGCAGACCUUAUUGAGGAGUUCUGCCUUUAAUCUGGUUCGAUGGAAAUAUCAAAAGUAAGGUUUUGAUUUUAGACGUCUUGAACAGUUUACGGUGUAACGGGGAGCAAUGAGGGAACCCUAAUGGAACUCUGAACAGCGUCGUUCGAGGAUAAGUGUAUCGAGGACAUUAAUGUGGCCGGCGCCUGUACAGUUGUUGCUAUAAAUAUAGGAGAUUAGUGUUUUACACCGUAACUAGUACUUACUGUCGAACGGGAACAAGCUCUUUCUCCCAUUCGUCCAGCCAAGAACAAGAAGACGAUGUAGCUCCACCGACGUGCGUAUCAUUGUCCAUUCACAAUAUACAUAAAUCCACAGAAUUAUCCAUUAGCGUAUAAGGAUUUAUUAAGGUCUGUUCGUGUAAAGCCGCGUACAUGCCAUACAAAUAAAAUGAGAGCGAAGAAAAACAGACAGGCGUUCUUUGCUAAUGAUCACUUGAACGAUAUCCUUGCUCACUUGACUGAAUGACAGUAUUGUCUUUCAUUUGAUAAUCCAAGAUACAUCGGCAGGGUAGUACACAGGUGGUACAGAAGGCGACCAAUCCCUCGCCUAGUACAGUGCUUUGUUAGCGGGCCCUACUGCCUGUCUCCCAACGGUACAGGUGGGAUACACUAUUGUAGUCAAUUGUCGAAAUGAUCAAAGGGAGUUGGGCGAAGCGAAGUACCACCUUGCCCAUAUACCGUCCCCUUCCAACAAGGCACCUGCACCACUGUGACCUAGCCGUAGGUCCCUCUUUGAGGUCUGCGCUCCAAUGAAUGAAAAGUUAGCAUAGCUAUGACGAGUGAAAGUGGAGUCCCGAAUACACAUGGGCUGGCAGGCCUGCGGAGCGAGGGCCUUCUCCCACUACUCUCUUCAGAGUGGGUCCUGUCUAUGGGGCCUUACGUUCAGUCCCCCCACCGUGCAUCCACUGGCGGAUUGCGACAGGUAAAAAGCGUGCAGAGCCAGAGUAGUAGGGAUGGUGGGGCGACAUAAUGAAGGAUAGUACUGUAAUUCCUAGCGGUCUCUUCGCUUUUGCUUGUUUGUUUGGCGCGUACGCAGCUUAAAGAUACGUUAGUCCCUGACGAUACGAAUAUGAAUGUGAUCGUAAGAAAGUGAUCGAAGGAUGAAGGAAACGAUAGGGUGACCGUUCCUGAUUCUGUCGAAGGAAAACUUAUCGCUGUUCGUCGAUCGCGAAGUCAAUCCUUAAACCGACUGGAUAAGAGAAAUGUCAUCAAGUACGAUCGUUUAAUCUUUAAGUGGUCGCCUCGGGGAUCGAAUCAACACAGGGGGCUGGCGUUCUAGAAAUCGAGAAAUGAUAUUUAUUUUACACAAGACUCGCCGUGGCGCGUUUGACAUCGUCAAUGUACGCGCGGCUACUUAAAGAUUAAUCGCGGAGAAAAUUGAAGAUUGCAACGUGUUAUAUUAUUUGCGCCGACGCUACAAAAGCUUCCGGUUUAAGGGUUAGAACCUAACGAGCACGUUAUCUCUUACUGUGUGUGUGUGUGCGCCGUCGAUAUUGAAACUAUUUUUAUAUAGUAAAUGCUUCGGGCGAUUGCUGAGCGCGCGAGGCACAUCAUUUGCAUCAUUAUUUUCCCGAACGAUGACUUUUCCUUCGACGCGUCUUCGAUCUGACAAAUGGAAUGUCGAGUGCCGUCGAGACACGAUGUUCGUCGCUUCCCUUUUCAAACAGGUCCACAACCCAGCCCAACCCAUAGCCCACAAUUUCCGUUCGUUCCUUUUCGAAAUAUACAUUUAUUGAAAAUAAUCGUUCUUCGCAUCUAUUGCAUUCUUUUCGUCUAUAUGUUUCUUUUUUAUUCGUUGUCGUUACAUCGUUGCUCCUGAUCGCGUUUCGAGCAGCGA